AUGAGCAGCUACGACCAACCGGAAGAGUUUGUCUCGAUGGAGCAGUUCCACGAGACGAUGCGUCUCGUCAGACUCCAGAUCGCCCUCCCCGUAUCGGGUGCGUAUGGUGUGGCCGCUUGGGGUCUUUUCCUCAUAGCGCUGGGUACCAGUAUCAUCUGUACAGUGGGACUCAAGCCCAACAUUGGCAAUGUGUCGUCUGCGCACCCUACCCUCCUCACGCCUGACAACCUGCUGGUGGGACUAUACUGGGUGGGCCUGUUUAUAAUGCAGCUCGGCCUGUGUCUCCUCGUCGUGUCCACCAGGAGUGACCAGACAAAGGACACCCUUGUCCAUGGCGUCGGUAUGCGGUUCGCCAUCGCCAACUGCCUCCAUGCCACAUGGGUAGUGUGCUUUACCCUCGAGUGGUUCCUCGCUGCCGAAAUCAUCGUGCUUGUCAACACCCUCAACGUACUCACCGUCUUCAUCACGCUCCUCCCGUUCCCCCCGUCCACCUCGCACCCCUUGGACUUCAUCCUCAUCCACGCCCCCGUCACGGCGCUCUUUGCGCUCCUCCUGGAACUCACAAGCCUGCACGGGGGCAUGGUGGCGCUGCACCUGUUCUCCAACGACGCGCGCUCCCUGUGGCCGGCCCUCGGCGGCCUGCUCGGCGUACACGUCACCACGGCGUUCUGGGAAUGCUGUACCCUCAACUUACCCCUGGCCGUGGCGAGCGAGUACCUGCUGGUCGCGCUGCUCGUGUCCAAGCCGACCGGAGCCAAGAUUCCCGAGAUCCCCACCCGGCCGCCGCCGCUGCUCGCGGCCAUCAUUGCAUGUCUGGUCCUGCACCCGCUGGCGCUUGUCGGGGGCCUGAUCUGGGGCAGGGCCAAGAGGGAACAAGGCCGUAUCAGGCUCGAGGAGGAGGUCGAGGCUGCCGACGAGCGGGCGAGGGAGGCCGAGGUCGAGGCCGAAAGGGCGAGGGUUAGGCUGGAGCGGCACGAGUGA